CACAGCAUCAUAAAGCCUCGGCAAACAGCCUCAUUCCGCUAGAUGCUAGAUCUGCCCGACUAAUCAUACUUUAGGACGAUCGGUCAUUUACUUUCAGUCAAACGCCAAAACAGGUAAUAGUGAGGAGGACAGAGACUUGAAAAUCCUUUCACGACAAGGCAAUAUCGCCUGUUGCAAUUUCGAGGGAGCCGUCUACAGGGACUCGUGCGUCCACUGACUCAUCAGCCGAAUCAACGCCAGUAACAGUACUGUCUUUCCUGUCUUUCCUCAACGGAGAUGGCAUCCCGUCGAAAGCAACUUCAGUUAUGGCUGCCGCUUGGGCUACUCUCAGCGCUUCUCGCGCUUUCCUCCGCGGCCCAUUCCUCCAAGCACUCGCGCAAAGCUGGACAUUGGCCCGUGAAAUUAUCCGCCGGUAGCGCGGACGUCGCGCAUCACAGAUCUUCCAGACCAGAAGACAUGUUACCCUCGGAUUUCGGGGGUAGAUUCCGGCUCCCCCACGAGCCCCUCGCGACGACCUCGUCUGUGACUACGCCGCACGAGGUCGCGAUCGCGCGCGCUAUAGUCACACCCGCUGAGGCCGUGUCAUUCCAGUCAACGCAGUCAACGAAGGCAACGCAAUCUACCAGCAGCAUAAAGAGCCCGAGCCCACCGAAGAGCCCGACCAAGGGUGCAGCUACGGCGGGCAAUACCAAGAGCCUUCCCAAGGGGGCGAAUAACAAGAGUCCGCCUAAGGGAUCCAGCUCCCCCAAUAAUCCCCCGAAGCCGAUUGCCGGCGGGGCCUCAGCCAAGAAGCCCCCGCAGCAAGCUUCCAAGAGCCCCCCGAAACCGAACCCGCGCUCUCCGUCCGCUCAGAAGUCCCCCGCGCAGAAGUCUCCCCCGCGCCCGCCCAGCAGCAAGUCCCCCGCCCAGCAGGCUCCCGCUCCCCCUAAGAAGAGCCCCCCCGCCCCCCUGGGCGGGAAAGCGAAUCUUGAGUCGACGCAGGCGGCAAGCGGAGCCGGAGCGAGCGGAAGUACCGGAAGCACCGGGGGAACCACUUCAGGAGGCGGUACCACUAGCGCCAAGAACGUCACUGCAUCGAACAAGUCCCCCGUUAGCAGCACGGCGUCUAACAGCACCUCGGGGAAUUCCACCGCGAGCGGUAAUGGCACCUCCGGGGGCACUACGAACAGCACCGGCAGCACGGGCACAUCGGGUAACACGGGCGUUACAGGCAACACGAACAGCACGGGCAACAGCACCUCUAACAGUACCGGAAGUGGCAAUGGCAGUGGCAGUGGCAGUGGGAACUCGACCAGCGGGACCGGAAGCGGGAGCAGCGGGGGGAACUCCACCAGCGGAAGCGGAAGCGGAAGCGGAAGCGGGAGCAAUUCGACGGACACCCCGUUUGUGUGGAAGAUCCCGAAGCGGAAGCCGUCGCCGGGGGUUGACACGUCGUUCGACAAGUACUUCAAGUUCCCCGACUGGUGCAAGGAGACCAACUGCCGCAAGGCGCCCAACGGCACUGUCACCCUCUCCGCCACCAAUAACUCCGUGGGCGUCUUCCACUCGAAAGACUACUUCAAGUACGGCGUGUACACCCUGCGCAUGAAGCUGCCGAGCAACUACUCGGGCGGCAUCAUCCCGUGCUUCUACCUCAUCUCGCCGGGCCCGCAGGGGUACACUGACAUCCACGAUGAGAUCGACUUCGAGUUCAUCGGGGGGGAGACGCCCGGCAGCAUCACCAUCCACACCAACCUUAUAACGGGCGGCCAGGUCAAGCUGGAGCAAUUCCGCUUCCCCUUCGACCCGUCGGCGGACUUCCACACAUACUCGAUAGUGUACUCCCCGCUGUACAUCAUGUGGAUGAUCGACGACUACCCGAUUCGCAUCACCACGAACGACACCAGCCAUCCGUUCCCCACGCUGCCCAUGGAGUUCAAGGCCUCGAUAUGGGACUCCUCAUCGUGGAGCUGGCUCAAGGCCAACUACAGCAACGGCCCCAUCCAGUCGCAGUACCGCGAGUUUGACUUCUCCCGGUCCUGCCAGAUGCCCCCGGACCUCUCGGAGCCGCCGUGCCUGCGCCUGCGCUCCUCCAAGCAUGCCCCAUGGCUGGCCAAGAUGACCCUGCCGCAGAUUAGGCAGGAAAGGGCGUUCAAGAAGUACUAUACCAAGACCAUCUACCCUUGGUCUGAGGCCAAGUGAGAAAGGGGAGUGCACUGCUGAGGGCAGGGCCUUCUCUCAGCCUUGUUCUCGUAUGGUCAUGGUUUUCUCUUGGACGUAUUAGGUGGUCAUCUUGUGCAAUAGGGGAGCUUGGCUGCUUGGGGACUUGGUUAUAGCUCACGUAUUCUAUCCUAUCAGCUUGAUGGGAGGAUACGUGUAUGCCUUGUCUAAAGCGAAUAAGGGUCUGGGAUGUCAUUACAAGUGCAUGAAAUAAAUCAAGUGUUCUAAAUGCC